GUUAUCAAUAUAGUAAUAUUUUUAAAAAUUUUUCGGAAUUGGAUCUAUUGAUUCUUAUUUGAUUCUGCAAGUAUAUGGCUGCAACACUAGUCAAUAAUUCACUUUUUAAUAAACUUGGCUGUACGCGUAUUUGGAAAUGAAGCGGGCGUAGUCUUACAAAUUUGUUAUUUAUGAUUGAAGAAUCGCGAAAAUUGCCUAAGGCAAUCAACUCCCUCGUCCUUAGGCAUUAGAUCAAUUACUAAUCUUCCUAAACUUAAGAACCAGCUAAGAGGUCAAAAAUAUGACUUAUUUAGACGAUCACAUGAUACAAAGAACUAUGCAAAAUGGCGACGUUGACAUCAGUAAUAUAGAUAUUACAAUAGUUUGCAAUGAUGAUCUUCGGUUAGCUACUCAAAUUGUUAAUCGAUUAAGAAUUAAAGGUGCAACGAAGGUUCGAUUAUGUUAUCCAAGAGACCAAAUUAAGUAUGAAACAGCAAACAUCGAAGCGAUCAAAAUCCCCGUCCUUUGGGAUUCUCAUGAUUACGGUAUAACGAUCGACUCUACCGUCGUAAUUAGUCUAUUAUAUAAUAAUUUCGAAAAACAAGAGAUGCUUUUUGAUGCCUGUGUACAACAUAGGGUUUUUCUGUUUAUUACAUGGGAUUCUGGAAUGGAAUUAGAUCCAUUUAUUAAAAAUAAAGUGUGCCCCAGAACAAGACUGCAUGAGAAACUGUUGGAACAUCAAAAUAUUUAUGGAGAUGGCCAUAUGCAUUGGAUCCUCUUUCAAAUCGGAAUUUUCGAUGAAGAAAUUCUGAAGUAUGACGUUUCUACAAUAACUACUGCAUUCAAUUGUCCAAAUCAAUACAUCUUUUUGAACGUUACUGUUAAAGAAGAUUUGGCCCAGUUAGUUGUAGAAGCCAUAACAUCGAAAAAAAUCCAACUUGACAGAAAUUACGUCGUGGGCGAUUUUAUCGCUCACACAUUUUUAGGUCAUGCCUAUCAAGUCGCAAAUAACGGAGCAAAAUUUGAUUCCAAAAUGCCCGCAACGUUAUCCGAAUUUGAGAUAACCAAUCAAUUGCGUUUAACUGGUAUCGUAUCAGCGCAACCCCUUCCGCAAAUCCUGUACCCAGACAGCAGCAUAUAUUUCCAAAAGCUUGGAAUUGAAAUUUCAUUCCAGCAUGCUGCAAUCAUUUAUAAAAUUUUAAGGCAUCAUCGGCAAAUCACCUUAAAAGAAUGGAUUUGUAAGAGAAUCUUUGGUUGACCCAAUUUUUUUCUUUCUUACUCUUUCUAUUUAUUCGUUUUUCUUUCAUCGUAAUCGUACAUGACAUGUCGUAUCGAAAUUCGAAAUAAUUUUAUUCGAGCGGAUUAUAAUUUAUGAGAAAGUAUUAUGAGAAAGUAUUAUGAGAAAAUAUUAUGAGAAAAUGCUAUAUGUGAAACACUCUUUAUAUAAUUUGCGGCACUAUUUAAACUUACUAAGCUAUUAUUACCUAAGAUUUGUAAGAUUUUAUAAGCAUAAAAAAAAAUAAUAAAUUAUGAUCAAAUUAUAAAAGGUCACGU